CCCGUUUUCGAGUACCUUGCCGACGUGCUCGGUGUUCUCAUCACCUUGGACGAGAUUGUUCGGACCAACACGGUGCUGCGUGAUCACUGGACUCUGUACAAGCGCAUGAUCAAGUCUGUUCGUGCCGAGCCGUCGCGUUUCGGUGUGGAUGAGGUCAAAGUGCGCCAAAUGGAAAAGUUCCUGAUGCGCCUCGAAGGUCAACUGCUCGAUGGCAACAUUUUCCAGAAAUGCGUGGAAGACCACUUUGACUUGAACGAGGCAGUGGAUGUGACUCACAAUGGCCUCAUGAACGAUGAGAUGUCGCACAACCUGCGCGCAAUUUUUAUGCAAAUUGACAGCCGCCUCUGCGAGCCGAACGAGAUGGGUCAACGCGACAAGUUUGUGGGCCUGUGUGGCUUGUACGUGCUGCACUUUCAACUGUACCGCACCACCGACAAAAAGUUCUUCAAGGCGCUGUGGGAUGUGCAGCGCAAGCUGCCCGUGUUUGCCUUGGCUGGCAACAUUAUCUGGUUCCCCAACGACUUUUUGGCCCUCAAGCUGCCCUUGCUCGUCAAGCAGCUCGACAAAAAGUCGCUCGACACGGACAGCGUUCGCAAGGCCUACCUGCAGAACAUUGACAACACAAUCUCGCGUGACGCCCAAAACUGGUAUCUGCAGAUUGCGACAUGGAUGGUUCGCAUGGAUUCCAUCCGUGGCCAUGCCAGCAGCGCUGACGAUCUGGGAACACGCGUAGCGCUCUUCAUCCAGGGUGUGCUUCACGCCUACGCCAUCUCGAACUCGCUCAAGUCUGCCAUGAGCUUGUACGUGCACAUGUCCUUCCCCAUGAAGAAGAGCACCGUGCGCGCCUUCUGCAAGCUCAUCGAGCUGCUCAAGGCUAUCGACGGCACCUUCCAUCGUCGCUCCAUGCUCAUUGCCGAGACCAUGUCUCACGCCAUCCAACGCCUCUCGUUGCCCAUCAUUGGCGUUCUUGCCCCCAUCAAGCAACGCUUGGCUCAGGACCGCAAGUACAGCGACACGCACCUGGAUGUGAUUGCAGCCCUCCAGUUGAUGGGCGAUCUGCUGAAUGGCCCGCCGACAAAGGAGCGUCGCAUGUUGUCCAACCUGGCUUUCCAGGUCGUCCUUCAGAUGCAGGUCUUCAAGGCUGGCGAGUACGAAAACGUCACAAACCAAUUCCGUCGUCUCGAGGCCAUGUCGGAUCUUCGCAUCAAGCUUCGCGCUGCGUGCAACUGCACUUUCUUGUACUGGCACCGCGUUCUUCUUCCCGUUUACUUUGCGGACGCCUUUGAUUCGCCAACAGACGCGCAUCGGUUGCACUACAUGUUUGCAGCUCUUCGCGACUGCGUUCCGCUGAUGACUCAAGCCAAGCACGAAGAACCCGGCGUGUUGCUUGCCGGCUUUGAGAAGGAGAUUCAAACCAUGCUCAAGACCGCCAUCAUUGACCCGCUGUGCCGAGACAUUGAGACGGAUUUGCGUCUGCACAUUCAUUCUCAUCUCAAGCUCGAUGAUCGCAACCCCUUCAAAGUUGGUCUCAAGGAGCUUUCUCACUUUCUCAAGAUCCGACCGAUUCGAUUCUUUGAUAAGCACAUUGAUUUCAAACACUCGGUCACUCACUACCUCGACACGACGUUCUACAACCUGACGACCGUGGCCUUGCACGACUGGAAGACUUACGGCGAGAUGCGCAACUUGGCGAGCCAAAAGUACGGUCUGGAGCUGACCGAAGUCCACCUGCCUUCGCAGACGCUUGAGCAGGGUCUCGAUGUCCUCGAGAUUAUGCGCAACAUCCACAUUUUCGUGGCGCGUUACAGCUACAACCUCAACAACCAGAUUUUCAUUGAGCGACUCUCGAACAACAAGUUCUUGAACACGAUCAACAUUCGUCACAUUGCAAACUCCAUCCGCACCCACGGAACCGGCAUCAUGAACACUACGGUCAACUUUACCUUCCAGUUCUUGCGGAAAAAGUUCUUUGUGUUCUCGCAGUUCUUGUACGACGAUCACAUCAAGUCGAGGCUGAUCAAGGACAUUCGUUUCUACAAGGAAAGCCGCGACCAGCUCGACAACAAGUACCCUUACGAGCGUGCCGAAAAGUUCAACAAGGGCAUUCGCAAGCUUGGCUUGACUCCAGACGGCCAGACCUACCUGGACCAGUUCCGUAUUUUGAUCACCCAGAUCGGCAACGCGAUGGGCUACAUUCGCAUGAUUCGCUCGGGUGGUCUGCACUACACCAGCAACGCCAUUCGCUUUGUCCCCGAUCUCGAUGACAUUGUCAACUUUGAGGAGCACACCAAGGCUGCCAACUUGUCUCGUGAAGCUCAAGACGCUGCUCGCAAUUUGGAUGCCACGAUUAGCAAUCUCACCAAAAACUUUGCCGAGGGAUCCGAGUACUUUGAGAUGCUCGUUGAUGUGUUUUCGGCCGAGUUCCGCGACUCGAAGAACAUGCACUUGCGCAACUUUUUCAUCAUUAUUCCUCCUCUGACUGUCAACUAUGUUGAGCACAUGCUGUCGGGCAAGGAGCGUCUCAACAAGAAGAACAAGACUGGCGCCUUCUUCACUGACGAUGGCUUUGCCAUGGGCAUUGCAUACAUCUUGAAGCUUCUCGACCAGUACAACACAUUUGACUCGCUGCACUGGUUUGACUCGGUUGCGGACAAGUAUCGCCUGGAGAAGCAGCAGCUUGCCGAUUCGCGCAAGAAGGGCAAGGACGACGAGAAGCUGCAGCAAACCAUGACGCUCACCCUCAAGCGUCUCGAGACGUUCGACCACGAGUUUGAUUUGCUCAACUUUAGCCUCAGUGGUGCUCGCAUUUUCUUCCGUCCCAAGAAGGUCAAGAAGGUCGAGGAGCCCGCCGCGGCCGCUGCUCCGGCUGAUCCCGCUGCAGCAGCUGCUGCUCCCGACGGUGGCGCUCCCCCGCCGCCUGCACCUCCGGCACCUGCUAGCGACGACGCAGGUGGUGCCCCGCCGCCGCCGCCACCACCACCGCCGCCGCCGCCGCCGAUGAUGUAA